AGAUAAAGUUUUGGAUUUUAUACUGAGGCACUAGAAAUAAACAAAAAAUGACAAACGAAACACUUGGUCUUUUCUUACGGAAAUAUGACACAGAUAUUGGUGGCGGCGUGUGGCGGUGAGAGAACAUGGAGGGCGCGGACGGGAGCGACGACCUGUUGGAUUGGGAGGCCCUGUACCAGUUUCCAGUACAAAACACCACCUGGAACACUUCACAAUGGGUGCCCAAUGCAUGGAACUCCACAGUAACGAACGACUCCUGGUGGAAUUCGUCCGCGCCCUUCGACUCACCUGCCGCCCUCAUUCGCGCUGCAGCAAAGGCAGUUCUUCUAGGCUUACUAAUUUUGGCAACAGUUAUUGGUAACGUGUUUGUAAUAGCAGCAAUACUGCUCGAGAGGCAUUUACGUAGUGCUGCAAACCAGUUGAUUCUAUCGCUGGCGGUAGCUGAUCUCCUGGUGGCUUGUCUCGUGAUGCCCCUUGGCGCGGUAUACGAAGUGGCCCAGCGCUGGACGUUGGGCCCCGAGCUUUGUGAUAUGUGGACCUCGGGUGAUGUGUUGUGCUGUACCGCCUCUAUUCUGCAUCUGGUUGCCAUUGCCCUUGAUAGGUACUGGGCUGUGACAAAUAUUGACUACAUUCACGCACGAACCGCACGCCGAGUUGGUUACAUGAUAGUGUGCGUUUGGAUUGCUAGUUUCCUAGUAUGCAUUGCGCCACUUCUAGGGUGGAAAGAUCCCGACUGGAACCGUCGAGUCUCCGAAGACCUUCGAUGCGUCGUCAGUCAAGAUGUGGGCUAUCAAAUAUUCGCGACCGCUUCGUCCUUCUACGUACCAGUGCUAGUCAUCUUAAUACUUUAUUGGCGGAUAUACCAAACAGCCAGAAAAAGAAUAAGACGGCGCCAGGGAACAACGACUAGAGGCGUGGGCCCACCACCCGUUCCAGCGGGGGGUGCUCUAGUCGCGGCAGGGGGAAGUGGUGGUAUCGCAGCCGCAGUGGUGGCGGUCAUCGGUCGACCGCUUCCCACUAUAUCUGAAACUACUACGACCGGUAUUACAAACGUGUCGUCUAACAACACGAGUCCAGAGAAACAGUCCUGCGCCAACGGCUUGGAAGCAGAUCCACCAACGACAGGUUACGGAGCGGUCGCCGCCGCUUACUAUCCGACGCUGGUCCGUCGCAAACCCAAAGAGGCGGCCGACUCUAAGAGAGAGCGAAAAGCAGCGAAGACAUUAGCAAUAAUAACCGGCGCGUUUGUCGCAUGCUGGCUCCCCUUUUUCGUAUUAGCUAUUUUAGUUCCGACGUGUAAUUGCGAGGUGAGUCCGGUGCUGACGUCACUGUCAUUGUGGCUGGGCUAUUUCAACUCGACGCUGAAUCCUGUAAUAUAUACUGUAUUCAGUCCGGAGUUCCGGCACGCGUUCCAGCGACUUCUGUGCGGACGACGUGCCCGUCGCCGCCGCGCACCUCCUUAGUCCUUUCUCGAAUCCAGCUCUGAGAACCUCGAGCCUUCGCCCUAACCCGACUGACCUCAUCUAGCUACAUAUUAAGUUACAUUUUCAGAGAUAUAUUUACA